CCGAACCCAACAUGGGAUUCAGCGUUCGACUAUCUUAACCGACCACGAAAAGACAGGCGCCAAACAGUAUGUAAAAAAGAAAAAUUAUUUGAUAAUUUGCUCAAUGCUCUAAAAGAGAAUCCGAAACAGAGCAGAGGUUACAAAAAUCUAAGAAAUUCAAAAUUUACUGGAUGAUCUCCAAGAGACCCCAAAAUCUAAUCUUGGUCACGAAAAGAUAGGACGAAGAUUUAAUAUAUCGGUGGACCCUGGUAUAAAUACAGGAAAUUUCUAUAUUAACUCGCCCCACCGGAUCAGAAUCCUCUGCUCCAAUCACUCCAAGCCUCUCCCUCCUUUCAUUUUCUUCCUCACAGAAACCGUAAUGGCGAUUUUCUCCAGGGUUUAUCUUGUUCUUUUUCUAUUCAAUCUCCUCUCAUUUGGGACGAUAUUUGCUUCAGCAACUCUGUUCACGCUCCAAAACCAUUGCAGUUUCACUGUGUGGCCCGGUUCUCUCUCAGGAAACAGCGCUGCCCUUGGUGACGGCGGUUUUGCAUUGCCACCUGGUUCGUCAGCCAAAUAUCAGGCUCCACCCGGUUGGUCUGGUCGCUUCUGGGGUCGAACCGGCUGCACAUUCGACAACUCUGGCUCUGGCAAAUGCAUAACCGGUGACUGCGAUGGCGUGCUGAAGUGCACCGGCGGUGGUGCGCCACCCGUCACCUUGGUAGAGUUCACCAUUGCCGGAGACUCUAGUGAUAAGGACUUUUACGAUGUUAGCCUCGUGGAUGGCUACAACGUUGCCUUAGGAGUCAAGGCAGUUGGUGGCACAGGGGAUUGCCAGUAUGCAGGCUGCGUCACCGAUCUCAACACAAACUGCCCGACUGAGUUGCGGGUCAUGGACUCGGGUUCCAUCGUCGCUUGUAAAAGCGCCUGCGCUGCGUUCAACGCGCCGGAGUUUUGUUGCACCGGCGAUCACGCUACUCCCCAGACCUGCUCACCAACACAGUACUCGGAGAUGUUCAAGAACGCAUGCCCCACGGCUUAUAGCUAUGCAUACGAUGAUGCCUCUAGCACUCGCACUUGCUCCGGCUCGGAUUACUUGAUCACAUUCUGUCCAACCGAGUCAUGAACAUGAUCUUGAUUCAUGUCUGAACCCAUAUUAAUUUGGUAUUCAUUACUUUCUUUGGAAAAUUUGAUGUGUGGGAUUGUGGGUAUUUAUUGAUUUAGAUUGCUAUUGUAAGUUACAAUAUUGAAACCAAAUUGUUUGCUUCAUUUGCCUACAAAUAGAUGAAUUAAGUAUGGUGUUUUUAGUUAGCAAA